GCGCAGCUGCGACACAGUCCUUCCACGCAGCUACAGGAGAGUGUUAUUUUCACUACAGACUGGAAGCAUUUUUUUUUUUUAUAAGAACAGUAAAAUCGCUUUAUUUAUGAUACUGUAACGUUUGUCGAGGCGGAUACGCAGAAGCUGCACUGCGCAACAACGGCGCAUAAUUGACACACUUGAGUCCUAGCCGGCAUGAGCCGGAAGUGUUCUGGCGAACUACCCCCGGAGGAGGGGAUGGAGGUGGACUGUCAGCCGGAGGACCUGUCGAGGUGCUUGUAUGAGGAGCGCUGUGUGGAGCUGGGGGAGGUGAAGGACAUGAGGCUGGAGGCUGAGGCGGUGGUCAAUGAUGUGCUCUUCGCGGUCACAGACAUGCAGGUCUCUCACAGUCUCCUAAAUCUACAAAUCACCCUUAAUGUAGUAGUUUUUGAUUAUCCACAUGGAAAACCUAAAAAAAACCGAUACUGCUUAGAGCUCACCGAGGCAGGGUUAAGGGUGGUGGGACACGGCUUCGAUCAGGUGGAUGAGGAGUUGAGCUCCCAGUAUCAUGAGACUGUUUACUCACUGCUGGAUUCUCUCAGCCCCGGAUACAGAGAAGCGUUUGGAAAUGCUCUGCUACAGAGACUGGAGAGGCUCAAACAAAACGGACAGUGAGGGCUUCAGUAUCAUUCAGAAUAUCUCCGCUCGCUAACAGUUCAUCCAAGUCCUGUGCCGCUCUCAGCUUAAAGCAUCAGUGGUACCUUUUUCAGUUUUUAGCCUGUGAUAUGUUUUAACAGAUCUUGGUGUUGAUUUGACAAACUGACUUGCCUGUGAUAUUUUAAAGUAUUUUACCAUUAUUUGGAGAGGUAUCAUUGCUAUGACAGACACAAUGGGUCCAGAUGAAUACUCCAUUUUUUUAUUUACCAUUUUGCAAAUGAAAUAACCCUCAGAAAUAGCAGAGGAUUAUGGGAAAAUGUUUGAACUAAAGUCUUUUGUGUUAACACGCUAGUGCUCUGGUUUUGGAUGAACUGGGUCCUGCAAAAUAGAUCUCCAUACUGUACUUGCAUCAACUGUACAGCAUGGCUCUUUAAAGUACUAACAUUAAAAACAUAUCAGAUGCCUUACUACUUUCAUUCAAAUUUCUAACAGUUCAGUUUUCUUUUGUUCCAAUUUCAGUUAAACCUGUCCACAAGAUAGUAAUUUAGAAAUCCUGAUACAUUCAGUAUCUUCUCUUCCUUUUGUUUGCUACAGAUCUUAUCAGAUCCUCUUUUUGAAUGUGAAAAUACAUCUGUUGCUUCAUCUGUCAAAAUCAGCAGACAGGAUUGAAAAGCCAAAACAUGGUGGUGAUAUCCACUUCCAGCCCCAAAGUAUUUUUUAUUUUUUUUUAAGAAAAUGGAAACAUUUGUCAGUUUCGUAAACCUGACUCAAGGAUCAAAACUGAUGCAUUUUAGCUCUGAAACUUUAUACUUUUACUUACAAAAGAGUUGAGCAGAAUCGUCUCCCCUGCAAUUACAUUACAUAACAGCAGCAUGUUUGUGUGAAUGUCAAUGCUCGACUUAUUGUUGUAAAGAAAAAGACAUUUAUUAUGGUUAAUGAUAGUUCUAUAUCGGCAACAGCAAGCAUAUCAUGUAAUGUGUAUUGCCCAAUAUUGGUGUUUUUAAAAUGUUUUUUUCAGGAAGAAAGAUUUUAUGUUAUGUAGAAUCCUUGAUUGACUGGUCACAACAAAAUGCUUGAUCUUGCACAGAAUUGCACUAAAUGAGAUAAAGCAGCCAUUUUUCUGACUUUGUUUGAAAGGGCUGCGUAAAAAAAUAUGCUACAAGGUUACUUUCCAUUUCAUUUCAGUUUAGAACAGAAGGAAGAGAUUCAUUUAAAUAAAUGCAUACAGGAAGUUGUGGUAUGAUGGGUUUCUACCUCAUGUUGGGUUUUUAUGUUGACCUCUUCAGCAUGCCUGUGAAAUUGAUGUGUGUUUCCAGCUGGUUUGGGAUAAGGCAGGUGAUAAUAGUAUGCUGUUUUGUGAUAAUAGGGUCAGUGAACAGAAUCGGUCCUCUGGUUUUAGCAGAUUCCUGUGAAACACAAUACACUUCAUAUCAGUCCCAAACAAACGUCCUAAUAAUUUACAGAAUGUUUGCUUAGAUAACCAAGAUGGAAAACAAGUAAGAGUGUUUAAAUGACGUACAAUGCACAAAUAACUUCUGUACCUGAGGGAAUGUUGCUUGCUUUUGUUUCCUUGUAAUAAAAAGCACACAUUCAAAUGUU